CGGCAUGCCGGGAGACAAUGGGCUAAGUGGGCGGCCGUGUGGAGGGCAGCGGGGCUGGGCGGAGGCGCUGUCGGAGGAGGAGGAGGCGGGAGGGAGGAAGGAAGGAAGUGCGGGAUGGAGUUGUCCUGACGGCCGCCGCCGCGGAAGGCCCCGAGUCGCCCCUCUCGCAGGAACCCCCCCGGCCCGGCUUGGCCAUGCCCGGCCCUGCAGGAGCAGCAGCAGCAGCAACGGCCCUGAGGUGCAAAACGUUCUGCUUAGAUAGGUGAACAAUGGAACCUGAGAUUAUCCGAAUGUACUCGUCUUCCCCUCCACCACUGGAUAACGGAGCUGACGAGGAGGAAGAUGACGAGUUUGGUGAUUUUGGUGGAUUUUCCGGUGCUGGCAGUACUAGCGUAGGCUUCGACUUUGCAUCAGAUUAUUCCAAUUCAAAGGAAGACCAUAGAACUCCGUAUAACGCUGAUUAUUCGAGCGGCGUGGACAGCAUUAUAGCCUUUAGAUAUGUUAACGAUGCGGACGGCGUCACGGAACUUCCUAAUUCUAUUAAAGGACUUCCUGCCGGCACUAGCAAAGAAAAACUUGAGUGUCUACGUCUGGGCUCAUCGUUUGAUGAAUCCAACUCAGUAGAGGUAAACAGAACUGAGAAAUCGGAGGUACCGCCCUCUGACAUUAUUCGGACUGAUAGGAUAGCGCCAGGUCAGGACCAACAAAUAGACAGCUGUAAUGGCGAGAGACCGCAGUGCCCAGACGUGCUAACAAAUGGAUUUGCAGCACUGGACGCCACAAGUCCUCCAGGGGUGGAAGAUCUGGACGGUAUCGGUGACUCGAAGGCAUUAAAAACGGUUAGCACUCAUAGUCCUGACUUGAGAUCGGUGUCUGCGCCCAGCACGGUAGAGGACUUUGCAGAUUUUACCACCUUCUCACAUCAGCAAGCAGCCCAGGCAGAAGAAGCAGGAAGUAAAAUAUGCAGAAAUCUGAGUGAAAGAGAAACACUAAGUGUGCACGAAAGCAAUAUUAUAAAUAGCGCUGGAGAGGGGGAAUCUAUGAAGGAAGUGGCUUCGGGUGGAAGCCGUGAACAUGAAGGGGAGACUUGCACUGAAGGCGAACCGGUCUGCAUUUCAAAAAGUAAUGUAGUGGUCCAUGAAAGUACGGCACUGGAACAUGCCGAUGUUUUCUCUUCCACGCAAACAAAUGUGAAUCAAGGGGGCACGACGGGCGGUAUUGAAGGCAGAGGAGAGAGUGACACUAGAAGUAUCCCAGAAAGUGACUUUUCUUGGACCAGCGAUGCUGCAAGUCCGCUAAACCUUAAUGUAAAUAGUGUUCAAGAUCUUGGCAGUCUUCCCACCGGCAAGCACAUGCCCGUCUCUGAAAUGGUUAAAAACGAUGGAAGUGAACUUGGACCAGCCUCGUCUAGUGACUUAAAUGAAGAUGAUUUUGGGGACUUCGGCACAGUAAGUAAUGGCUCUCCUGCACUUGCUGUUGGUGUUCAAGUCUCUGUGAGCCAAGAAAAUGUGGAACCCCCUUUUGAGGAAAAAACCAGUAAGCCGAGUAAUGAAUGUGGGGAUUUCCCAAGCAGAACCGGCGACCAUCCGCAGCCAGCCACGGUAGCGCCUUCUGAACCAAAUGAGCUUUCCCGCUCUGGGUUGGAAGAAGUCUGGAGAGCCAAUCCAGGUUCCAGUAUGGCAGUCCAACCUCUGGCAGAAAGGGAAAAUGGGAACGAUCACGAGUUUGGAGACUUCGAUUCGGUAACGAAACGGUGCCUGGACACGGAUGAAUUUUCCGACUUCAGCUCUGCUGGUUGCAACCAAGCGGUGGAGUGGAAUGCCUUUGAGCCGGAGCCGGAGGAGAGCUGUUCGUGGGCCGCUUUUGGAGAUGAGCAGGUAAUGGGGUCUCCUAAGGAAGACAUGUGGCUGGCACAUAGGACAGAUGCAGCAGCUGGCGCUGACGACUCAGCAUCGCCUAAGACGGACAGUGUUUCCAGAACACUUUUCCAUGGAAGCGGCGGCAGGCCGCUUGAGGAAUUGCCACCGUCGGCUCAGACAACGCUGUUAAGUCGCCUGGAACGAAUAUUUGAGGCCUGUUUUCCUGGCGUACCCAUUUGCGAAAUAGAAGAAGAAAUCACUCCUCUAAAUCUCUUACUAGAAGCUGGUGGUGUGCCUGGAAGGCCGGAGGAGACCCAGUCAGAAAGGGAAUUGCUGGACGUGUGGGCGGAGCUUCAGGGCAUCCACGAUGCGUAUGGACUGCGAUACCAGUGGGGCGGUUCUCACAGCAACAAGAAGCUUCUCUGCUCCUUGGGAAUCGACACGAGAAACAUACUCUUCACAGGCAACAAGAAGCAACCUAUGAUAGUGCCCAUGUACGCAGCAGGAUUGGGCAUGUUAGAGCCGACCAAGGAGCCACUGAAACCAAUAUCUGCUGCAGAGAAAAUAGCUUCAAUAGGACAGACCCCCCCUGUGUCGCCAGAGAUGAAUAUAUGUGCGCCCGAUCAGUUCCAGGAAUCUCUACCACCUGUCCAGUUUGACUGGAGUAGCAGUGGCCUUACUAACCCUUUAGAUGCUAAUGGAGGUUCCACUCUCCUGAACCUUGAUUUCUUUGGACCUGUGGAGGACAGUAGCUCUAGCUUCACCACCACCAUCCCAGGUGUGGAUCCGGAGCUGUACGAGUUGACAACCUCCAAGCUGGAAACGACCAGCGCGGCCAGUAAAGUGACGGAUGCAUUUGCAAAGCUGAUGUCCACAGUAGAGAAAGCCAGCUCGUCGGCCAGGAAACCCAGAAAGGAGGAGCGGCUCAGCGAAGAGGCCGCCCAGGUGAUUGCUAGCCUUCCUGACUUAACUUUCAUGCAUGCCAAGGUGUUGAUGUUCCCGGCCACGUUAACGCCUUCAGCGAGUUGCCAAGACCAGGUAGACUAAGCGAGAGGAGGGGAUCUGACCAUUUCUAGUGAUUCCUA